AAGCCCCGCGAUGGACUGAGGUCCGCACCAACGCCUGUUAUUAAAACCAAGGAAACACCGUUUUAUUCGCGUUAAAAUAUUUGUAGGCUCUACUAAUUUUGUUUUCCAUCGCUCAGAGAAGAUAAUUUUUUCGGAUUAAAGCGGAACUAUUUUGUUUUUUUAUCGUAAUAGUACUCAGCCUUUACGUUUGACUGGUACUGGCGUUAGUUAGUGGCUAAAACUCUCGAAAUACACCCCUUAAAACUGUGCACUACAACACCGAAGCUAUGAAUAAACGAGAAGGUGAGGGUUGUUCACGGAGAAAUGCAGAUGCAGCGCAGGAGCACGAAAUGAGUGCCAACCCCUCCUCGUCUGUCAUGGCUGCCUUCAAAGUUUUCCAACAGGAGCUCGACACCAAACACGACAAAUAUGAGCGUCUUGUUAAGAUUAGUCGCGACGUCACAAUUGAAAGCAAGAGAACCAUAUUUCUUCUGCACAGAGUGACCACUGUACCAGAUGCAGAGGAUGUCCUGAACGAGGCAGACAUAAAGCUGGAUGGAGUCAGGCAGAAGAUUGGGCAGAUUGCUGAGGAGUUGAAAGGAGAGGAUAUUUAUCAGUUUCACAGAGCCUUCACACCAGGGAUUCAGGAAUAUGUGGAAGCCGUCUCUUUCCUGCACUACAUUCGCCAUCGCUGCCUCAUCAGCUUGGAAGAGAUCAACGCCAGGCUGGUGUUCAUGAACACAGAGAAGGCAGAUCCUAAGAGCUCAGCUGAAGCGAUGCCGGUGAACGCUCAGGUCUUGACCUUUCAGGUGACGUCGUCCGACUACCUGCUGGGCGUGGCCGACCUAACAGGGGAGCUGAUGCGGAUGUGCAUCAGCAGCGUCGGCAAUGGCGACAUUGACACACCCUUCCAGCUAAGCCAGUUCCUGCGGCAGAUCCACGAUGGUUUCUCCUACAUUGGGAACACAGGCCCGUACGAGGUGUCCAAGAAGCUGCACACGCUGCGGCAGAGCCUGGGCAAAGUAGAAGACGCGUGCUACACCCUACGCGUCCGUGGCUCGGAGAUCCCCAAACACAUGCUGGCAGACGUGUUCUCUAGUCGGACCACACUCAUCGACCCCGAGGAAGGAGUGGUUUAAUCCCGCACUGCUUCAACGACGCUCUUCUCUGUGGUCUCAUUGUCUGGUUUAGUUUAGCUCCAUUUGGUGUUUGUGUGCAUUUUUAAUGGGAUUUCACUGAUGUUUCUAGUGUUUUAUGACAUGCUUGUUCAUUUUUUGUUAUUACAAUAACAACAGUAUUACAAUAGACAAUGGAUUCUCUUUUGUUUGAUAAAGAUCUGAUGACUUCAGUUGUUUUGCAUGAAUAAAGGUUCUGUGCCAAAUAUGCCAUACUCCCUGAGACUU